GGUCAUGUUGGGAGGUAUGACAUAGACCUAUAUGUCACAUAAAAACACUGUUUUAAAAACAAACAAGUGCCCUGUGACAGUGGGAGCCGUGGAGCACAGAGCCGCUGCUGCUGAACUCGCACUAGUACAGACACGGGGCCGCGACGAUACCCCGCCAGCUUUUCCUCAAUCUACUUGCAUCUUGCGCAUGUGUGUUCCGGAACUCGGAGCGCUCGCCCGUUGUUUCCGGGGGAAGGUGCUCACAACGGACCGGCGCUGUCAUGGCUGCCUGACAACUGCACGGUGAAGCCGGACUGAGAGUGGCCUGUCCAUAGCACUAAGGUCGUCAGAUCUUAGGUUUAUAGCUGUAGUAUGGCAGGAGAACAGAAGCCAUCCAGUAGCCUUCUGGAGCAGUUCAUUUUACUAGCCAAAGGCACUAAAGGUUCAGCUCUUCCAGCUCUCAUUAACCAAGUAUUAGAAGCUCCUGGAGUUUAUGUAUUUGGAGAACUUUUAGAUUUACAGACAGUACAAGAGUUGGCAGAUGGUCCCCAUUCUGGUUACCUGCAGCUACUGAAUUUGUUUGCAUAUGGAACAUAUCCUGAUUACAUUGCAAUAAAAGAUAGUUUGCCAGAGCUCUCAUCUGCACAGAAGAACAAACUUAAACACCUGACGAUUGUAAGCCUCGCUUCCCGGAUGAAGUGCAUUCCAUACUCUGUGCUGCUGAAAGAUUUGGACAUGAGGAAUCUCAGAGAGCUAGAGGAUUUAAUCAUAGAAGCAGUUUACACGGACAUCAUUCAGGGCAAACUGGAUCAACGCAACCAUGUGCUAGAAGUGGAUUUCUGCAUUGGACGGGACAUUCCUAAGAAGGACAUAAGUAGUAUUGUGAAAACGCUUCAGGAAUGGUGUGAUGGCUGUGAAGCAGUUUUAAUGGGAAUUGAACAGCAAGUGCUGCGGGCUAACCAGUACAAGGAGACCCACAACCGUACACAGCAGCAGAUAGAGACAGAAGUCACAAAUAUAAAGAAAACUCUGAAAGCCACAGCUUCCUCAACUGCUCAGGACACUGACCAGCACCUUGCAGAGCGGGAAGGGCCACCCCUUACUGAGCAGCGACAGCCAACCAAGAAGAUGUCGAAGGUUAAAGGUCUAGUCUCCAGUCGCCACUAGUGGAGCUGCGAAUUGGGAAGAGGCUCCAGGUGGCACACAACUGCUCCUGGAUUGUUUACAGACUUAACCACACACCAUCAUUGUAUCAGCCUCUUUCCAUCCAAACCCUUUGGAGACCCUGUCUGCUAGGAGGGACAAUAAACCCAUUAGCGCUAAUACUGCUGUGGUCCAGCUUGGUUUGCAAAUUGUUGUCCUCUUGCAGAUCAGGACACUUUGCCUCAAAAGUUUAUGGGUCCAUCUCCCUGCUGGAGAGGUCUGCUGUGGGAGUCACUGCAAUACACAGUAGCCUUCUCUGUCAGAGAGAGGAUUGUAGAAGUGGCUGCUAAUUGCUGCGUGGUUAUAGAAUCCCAGGUGACUUUGGUCCUGUCAUCUCUCUGGAGAUUUAAAAUGUGCAGUAGGGACAGACCUGUACAGUAAGUUUUCCUAUUUUCUUAAAUACACCCCGUUAAAAGCAUUAUUUUUUCAGGAGAUUGUAUUUUCUUUCCUCCUAUGUCAGACAUUAAGCCUAAUACUGUCAUGUAAUUUGUUGGCGGACAGCAACUCAUUUUGUCAUGCAUAAGAGAUGUGAGAAUACUAUUAAGGGCAUCUGGGCAAGAUAAGUUUAGAGAGACUAUUUUUGAAAGCACUUUUUCCCCCAUAUGAUAAAAAAAAAUAAAGUGCAGUAGGUUAAUCUAUAUCUAGGCAAAUCUCCAGCAUGAUUAGAAGGGAGAGUCAUAAAGUGUGAAAACUCAGCAUAAAUAAUUGUGGCUCUUAUCUCUGAUUGCUGCCUUAUUGAGACAGGUCAUAAAAAGGUCCAGAGAAAGUGUAACAUGACACUGGCAGAUAGUAACAUACUCCCCAGCUACUCUCCCAAGAAAUCCCUUUCCUUUAAAUGUUAUUUGGGGAUGCCAGCCAUGUGUCUCACCUUUGAGGAACCACAUCUUUGCAGUGUCCCGUAUCUGCCUUCCGGUUCGGGUGAUGUGGAGCCGCUAUGUUGAUGAUACAUUGUUUCCCUUUCUGUGCUUCUAAAUCUCCAUAUUAUUAAAAAAGUUACAAAUCUG